AACGGCAUUUCCCAAAUCCCCUGACCCUAAAAUCCAUCUCCUCCUUCUCCUCAGUCCUUUACCACUCCCAGUUGCAGCACCUCCUGCCUCCAACAAGCCACGCCCUGACGCCCAUCCUUAUUGCCGGUGACAGCUACAUUUCUCCACCAGAUAAGCGGAGCACUUACUAGCUCUCUCUUGCCGGCACCGAUCAAUCACUGCCGCCGGCAACUUCUCCCGACCCAAGGAACAACCGAGAAAUGGCACCACCACCGGCAGCGGCAGAACAAAUAGAGACCACGACGACGACUGCCAUACAUGAGGAAGAUGAUGGUCAAGUGGUGAAUCCAUGGGAGGUUUCAGCCAAAGACGGCGGCAAGAUUGACUACGAUAAGCUCAUUGACCGCUUCGGUUGCCAGAGGCUCGACCACGCGCUCAUCCAGCGCGUUGAGCACCUCACUUCUUGUCCCGCGCACGUCUUCCUCCGCCGCGGCGUCUUCUUUGCUCACCGUGAUUUUGCUGAGAUUUUGGAUGCGUAUGAAAGAGGCGAUAACUUUUACUUGUAUACUGGGAGAGGACCGUCCUCCGAAGCUUUGCAUUUGGGGCAUUUGAUUCCCUUCAUGUUCACCAAGUAUUUGCAAGAUGUUUUCAAGGUUCCUCUGGUUAUACAACUUACUGAUGAUGAGAAGUUCUUGUGGAAAAACCUUACUGUUGAGGAGUGCCAGAGACUUGCAAGGGAGAACGCAAAGGACAUCAUUGCUUGUGGUUUUGACAUUUCAAAGACAUUCAUCUUUGCUGAUUUCAAUUAUGUUGGUGGUGCCUUCUACAAGAACAUGGUAGAGGUUGCAAAGCGUGUGACGUAUAACCAGGCUGUUGGCAUUUUUGGUUUCACUGGGGAAGAUCAUAUUGGAAAAGUUAGCUUUCCACCUGUGCAGGCAGUUCCAUCAUUCCCCAGUUCAUUUCCUCACCUAUUUUCUGGCAAGGAGAAUCUCCGUUGUUUAAUUCCAUGCGCAAUUGAUCAGGAUCCUUAUUUUAGAAUGACGAGAGAUGUUGCUCCUAAAUUAGGAUAUCACAAGCCAGCCUUGAUUGAAUCAUUAUUCUUCCCUGCGCUACAGGGGGAAACAGGAAAAAUGUCUGCCAGUGACCCCAACUCCGCAAUAUAUGUGACUGAUUCAGCAAAAGACAUAAAGAACAAGGUAAACAAGCAUGCAUUCUCUGGUGGUCAAGAUUCUGUAGAGAAACAUAGGCAAUUAGGGGCGAAUCUUGAGGUAGAUAUACCAGUCAAAUACCUUUCAUUUUUCCUAGAAGAUGAUGCAGAACUUGAACACAUAAAGAAGGAGUAUGGGGCUGGACGAAUGCUUACUGGUGAGGUGAAGCAGCGCCUAAUUCAAGUUUUGACUGAACUCGUAGAGAGACAUCGUAGGGCUCGUGCUGCCGUGACGGAUGAGAUGGUGGAUGCAUUUAUGGCCGUGAGACCACUUCCCCACAUGUUUGGCUGACGUUCUCUUAUGUUAUCUGCCCAAAUAUGAGAUCAGUCGCUGAAUUUCUAUUCAAAAGUUAAUCGUUUUUGUAGAACUUUUAUAUUUCGUUUUUGUUAUAUAGACAUUUUACUUUCAAAAGUUAUUCUUAUAAUAUCUAUUACUGUUCGAUUAACCCGAAGUUUAGCAACCUUGAGUUAACCAACUCGAGAAUCUAGAUUACUUUUAAAGUUUUUAUUAAACUUUUACAGCUAUUAAUGUUGAGUGUCAUAAUUUUGGACAA